UGCAUUCCCUCCAAUCAGACGACGAAAUCUCGUUGUUGUUGCUGAUAAUUCAUUCUUCAUUCGUUCAUAUUUUCAUUCCCUCGCAGAGGAGAAGAGGGAAUUGGAAUGGGGAAGGAUGAGGACGAGAUGAGGGGGGAGAUUGAGGAGCGGUUGAUAAACGAGGAGUACAAGAUUUGGAAGAAGAACACGCCCUUUCUCUACGAUCUGGUUAUCACCCACGCCCUCGAGUGGCCCUCCCUCACCGUCGAGUGGUUGCCCGACCGGGAGGAGCCGCCUGGGAAGGAUUAUUCCGUGCAGAAGCUCAUUCUCGGCACCCACACCUCCGAGAAUGAGCCUAAUUAUCUCAUGCUCGCUCAGGUGCAGCUGCCCCUCGAGGAUGCCGAGUACGAUGCACGCCAUUACGAUGACGAGCGCUCUGAAUUAGGCGGAUUUGGUUGUGCCAAUGGAAAGGUGCAAAUUGUCCAGCAAAUUAACCAUGAUGGGGAGGUGAACAGGGCUCGUUACAUGCCACAAAAUAAGUUUCUUGUUGCCACUAAAACAGUCAGUGCAGAAGUUUAUCUCUUCGAUUACAGCAAGCAUCCAUCGAAGCCUCCUUUAGACGGUGCGUGCAACCCUGAUUUGAGGCUCAGGGGCCACAAUUCUGAAGGCUAUGGUUUAUCUUGGAGUCGAUUCAAGGAGGGUCACUUGUUGAGCGGUUCAGACGACGCCCAAAUAUGUUUGUGGGAUAUUAAUGCCACACCCAAGAAUAAGACUCUUGAUGCAAUGCAGAUAUUUAAGAUUCAUGACGGCGUAGUUGAAGAUGUCGCAUGGCAUCUAAGGCACGAGCACUUGUUCGGUUCGGUUGGAGACGAUCAGUAUCUACACAUAUGGGAUCUCCGCUCUCCAGCAGUCAAAAAACCCAUUCAAUCCGUGGCUGCGCAUGGCAGCGAGGUAAACUGUUUGGCUUUCAAUCCAUUCAACGAGUGGGUUGUGGCGACAGGGUCGACUGACAAGACUGUAAAAUUAUUCGAUUUGCGAAAGAUUUCUACUGCUCUCCACACCUUACAUUGCCACAAGGAAGAUGUUUUCCAGGUCGGGUGGAACCCGAAGAACGAAACUAUCUUAGCUUCGUGUUGUCUUGGCCGGAGACUGAUGGUUUGGGAUCUUAGCCGGAUCGACUCCCAACAGACGCCAGAGGAUGCUGAAGAUGGGCCGCCGGAGCUGCUCUUCAUCCACGGCGGGCACACGAGCAAAAUCUCGGACUUCUCGUGGAACCCCUGCGAAGAUUGGGUCGUUGGUAGCGUGGCCGAGGAUAACAUACUGCAGAUAUGGCAGAUGGCGGAGCACAUCUACCACGAAGACGACGAUCUUCCGGCAGCUGCGGCCGCGGAUAAUUCGACGAAAGGUCCGUAAGUUAAGUUAUGGGAACGCCAUGAUCGAUCUCUUGCUCUCUUAUCAGUUACAUACUUCGUUCAUAUUCUGUGUAAUAAAAUGCUAGUAGUAAGAAAAUGGAUCCGGAGCGCGUGUUUUCACCUCCCUGAAGGCGCGUGAAUGGCUUAUAUCCGUCGCGCGUGCCUUCACUCUCGUAGCGUGCCUUGUGUAAAUUCCUCAGACUAUUGUGGCCCCGUGAAAAUAAAUUAAAGAAUUUCAUUUUCUUUUUUAAGUGUA